UCAGGUCUAGCAUUGUUGCAGAAGCAUGGUCAAUCCCGUAAAGCCAAUGAAUGUUUUGUUGAGGCACCUCUAGAACACCUGCAGGUGGCUGCUGCUUUUCAUAAAUUUGCUGAAGCUGCCUACACGGGCCCUUUGCUUGAUUUUGGAAGAAAUCCUUUUGUAUUUCCAUGUGCAUGGCUCUAUAGGCAAGGGAUUUUGACCCCGUGGACUCGUAACAGGCGUCCUGCCCUUGAUGGUGAUAACUGGUGGCGAGGUCAUGCAGCAGCAUUUUUAAAAUUUGUGAAUUUACCUCCUGGAGUUCUUCGUCGAGGCCGUGUUUGUCAAAAAAAAUGUGAAGCUGCAUAUUUCGUUGUGGUCUUACAUCAUCUAAGAUCUGUAGUGAUUGCUGUACGAGGAACUGAGACCCCUGAAGAUCUCAUAACUGACGGUUUAGGCCGGGAAUGUCCUCUGUCUGAGAUGGAUUUGGAUGGACUGAUAAAUAGCAGUUACAUUCACCCUUCUGUCAAGCAACGUGUAGAAUCAUCUUUCCCGCACUAUGGGCACUCAGGUAUAGUAGAAGCUGCCCGGGAUCUUUACACACAGAUUGAAGGAUAUUCUGGAGAUGGUACGGAGAUCUUUAUUGUUGUUCUUCUUGUUAUUAUCACUGCUGCUUUUGCUGUUAUUUCUAUUAUUACCCCUUUGAGUUGUAUUUUGAUGAGGGAUAUGAGGAGGCCCUUCAGAAUUCUAUCAUCAAAUUUAUUAAUCCUAAAUACUGUUUGUGCUAUAGUUUGUUGUUUGUUGAUUCCUCCACAUUUUAAUUCAAGUUUCAGAAAUAACCAGUCAAGCUGCUGA